AUGGCUGGGUGGUGUUACUCGCAUGGCUGGGUGGUGUUACACGCAUGGCUGGGUGGUGUUACACGCAUGGCUGGGUGGUGUUACACGCAUGGCUGGGUGGUGUUACACGCAUGGCUGGGUGGUGUUACUCGCAUGGCUGGGUGGUCUUACACGCAUGGCUGGGUGGUGUUACACGCAUGGCUGGGUGGUGUUACUCGCAUGGCUGGGUGGUGUUACACGCAUGGCUGGGUGGUGUUACACGCAUGGCUGGGUGGUGUUACACGCAUGGCUGGGUGGUGUUACACGCAUGGCUGGGUGGUGUUACACGCAUGGCUGGGUGGUGUUACACGCAUGGCUGGGUGGUGUUACACGCAUGGCUGGGUGGUGUUACUCACAUGGCUGGGUGGUGUUACACGCAUGGCUGGGUGGUGUUACACGCAUGGCUGGGUGGUGUUACACGCAUGGCUGGGUGGUCUUACACGCAUGGCUGGGUGGUGUUACACGCAUGGCUGGGUGGUGUUACACGCAUGGCUGGGUGGUGUUACACGCAUGGCUGGGUGGUGUUACUCGCAUGGCUGGGUGGUGUUACACGCAUGGCUGGGUGGUGUUACACGCAUGGCUGGGUGGUGUUACACGCAUGGCUGGGUGGUGUUACACGCAUGGCUGGGUGGUGUUACACGCAUGGCUGGGUGGUGUUACACGCAUGGCUGGGUGGUGUUACACGCAUGGCUGGGUGGUGUUACACGCAUGGCUGGGUGGUGUUACACGCAUGGCUGGGUGGUGUUACUCGCAUGGCUGGGUGGUGUUACUCGCAUGGCUGGGUGGUGUUACACGCAUGGCUGGGUGGUGUUACUCGCAUGGCUGGGUGGUGUUACUCGCAUGGCUGGGUGGUGUUACACGCAUGGCUGGGUGGUGUUACACGCAUGGCUGGGUGGUGUUACACGCAUGGCUGGGUGGUGUUACUCGCAUGGCUGGGUGGUGUUACACACAUGGCUGGGUGGUGUUACACGCAUGGCUGGGUGGUGUUACACGCAUGGCUGGGUGGUGUUACUCGCAUGGCUGGGUGGUGUUACACGCAUGGCUGGGUGGUGUUACACGCAUGGCUGGGUGGUGUUACACGCAUGGCUGGGUGGUGUUACACGCAUGGCUGGGUGGUGUUACUCGCAUGGCUGGGUGGUGUUACACGCAUGGCUGGGUGGUGUUACUCGCAUGGCUGGGUGGUGUUACUCGCAUGGCUGGGUGGUGUUACUCGCAUGGCUGGGUGGUGUUACACGCAUGGCUGGGUGGUGUUACACGCAUGGCUGGGUGGUGUUACACGCAUGGCUGGGUGGUGUUACUCGCAUGGCUGGGUGGUGUUACACGCAUGGCUGGGUGGUGUUACACGCAUGGCUGGGUGGUGCUACACGCAUGGCUGGGUGGUGUUACACGCAUGGCUGGGUGGUGUUACACGCAUGGCUGGGUGGUGUUACACGCAUGGCUGGGUGGUGUUACACGCAUGGCUGGGUGGUGUUACUCACUCGCAUGGCUGGGUGGUGUUACUCGCAUGGCUGGGUGGUGUUACACGCAUGGCUGGGUGGUGUUACACGCAUGGCUGGGUGGUGUUACACGCAUGGAUGGGUGGUGUUACACGCAUGGCUGGGUGGUGUUACACGCAUGGCUGGGUGGUGUUACACGCAUGGCUGGGUGGUGUUACACGCAUGGCUGGGUGGUGUUACACGCAUGGCUGGGUGGUGUUACACGCAUGGCUGGGUGGUGUUACACGCAUGGCUGGGUGGUGUUACACGCAUGGCUGGGUGGUGUUACACGCAUGGCUGGGUGGUGUUACACGCAUGGCUGGGUGGUGUUACUCACAUGGCUGGGUGGUGUUACUCGCAUGGCUGGGUGGUGUUACACGCAUGGCUGGGUGGUGUUACACGCAUGGCUGGGUGGUGUUACACGCAUGGCUGGGUGGUGUUACACGCAUGGCUGGGUGGUGUUACACGCAUGGCUGGGUGGUGUUACACGCAUGGCUGGGUGGUGUUACACGCAUGGCUGGGUGGUGUUACACGCAUGGCUAAGUGGUGUUACUCGCAUAGCUGGGCGGUGUUACACGCAUGGCUGGGUGGUGUUACACGCAUGGCUGGGUGGUGUUACACGCAUGGCUGGGUGGUGUUACACGCAUGGCUGGGUGGUGUUACUCGCAUGGCUGGGUGGUGUUACACGCAUGGCUGGGUGGUGUUACACGCAUGGCUGGGUGGUCUUACACGCAUGGCUGGGUGGUGUUACACGCAUGGCUGGGUGGUGUUACACGCAUGGCUGGGUGGUGUUACACGCAUGGCUGGGUGGUGUUACACGCAUGGCUGGGUGGUGUUACACGCAUGGCUGGGUGGUGUUACACGCAUGGCUGGGUGGUGUUACUCGCAUGGCUGGGUGGUGUUACUCGCAUGGCUGGGUGGUGUUACACGCAUGGCUGGGUGGUGUUACUCGCAUGGCUGGGUGGUGUUACUCGCAUGGCUGGGUGGUGUUACACGCAUGGCUGGGUGGUGUUACACGCAUGGCUGGGUGGUGUUACACGCAUGGCUGGGUGGUGUUACUCGCAUGGCUGGGUGGUGUUACACACAUGGCUGGGUGGUGUUACACGCAUGGCUGGGUGGUGUUACACGCAUGGCUGGGUGGUGUUACUCGCAUGGCUGGGUGGUGUUACACGCAUGGCUGGGUGGUGUUACACGCAUGGCUGGGUGGUGUUACACGCAUGGCUGGGUGGUGUUACACGCAUGGCUGGGUGGUGUUACUCGCAUGGCUGGGUGGUGUUACACGCAUGGCUGGGUGGUGUUACUCGCAUGGCUGGGUGGUGUUACUCGCAUGGCUGGGUGGUGUUACUCGCAUGGCUGGGUGGUGUUACACGCAUGGCUGGGUGGUGUUACACGCAUGGCUGGGUGGUGUUACACGCAUGGCUGGGUGGUGUUACUCGCAUGGCUGGGUGGUGUUACACGCAUGGCUGGGUGGUGUUACACGCAUGGCUGGGUGGUGCUACACGCAUGGCUGGGUGGUGUUACACGCAUGGCUGGGUGGUGUUACACGCAUGGCUGGGUGGUGUUACACGCAUGGCUGGGUGGUGUUACACGCAUGGCUGGGUGGUGUUACUCACUCGCAUGGCUGGGUGGUGUUACUCGCAUGGCUGGGUGGUGUUACACGCAUGGCUGGGUGGUGUUACACGCAUGGCUGGGUGGUGUUACACGCAUGGCUGGGUGGUGUUACUCACAUGGCUGGGUGGUGUUACUCGCAUGGCUGGGUGGUGUUACACGCAUGGCUGGGUGGUGUUACUCGCAUAGCUGGGCGGUGUUACACGCAUGGCUGGGUGGUGUUACACGCAUGGCUGGGUGGUGUUACUCGCAUGGCUGGGUGGUGUUACACGCAUGGCUGGGUGGUGUUACACGCAUGGCUGGGUGGUGUUACACACAUGGCUGGGUGGUGUUACACGCAUGGCUGGGUGGUGUUACACGCAUGGCUGGGUGGUGUUACACGCAUGGCUGGGUGGUGUUACACGCAUGGCUGGGUGGUGUUACUCGCAUGGCUGGGUGGUGUUACUCGCAUGGCUGGGUGGUGUUACACGCAUGGCUGGGUGGUGUUACACGCAUGGCUGGGUGGUGUUACACGCAUGGCUGGGUGGUGUUACACGCAUGGCUGGGUGGUGUUACUCGCAUGGCUGGGUGGUGUUACUCGCAUGGCUGGGUGGUGUUACACGCAUGGCUGGGUGGUGUUACUCGCAUGGCUGGGUGGUGUUACUCGCAUGGCUGGGUGGUGUUACUCGCAUGGCUGGGUGGUGUUACACGCAUGGCUGGGUGGUGUUACACGCAUGGCUGGGUGGUGUUACACGCAUGGCUGGGUGGUGUUACUCACAUGGCUGGGUGGUGUUACACGCAUGGCUGGGUGGUGUUACACGCAUGGCUGGGUGGUGUUACACGCAUGGCUGGGUGGUGUUACACGCAUGGCUGGGUGGUGUUACACGCAUGGCUGGGUGGUGUUACACGCAUGGCUGGGUGGUGUUACUCGCAUGGCUGGGUGGUGUUACACGCAUGGCUGGGUGGUGUUACACGCAUGGCUGGGUGGUCUUACACGCAUGGCUGGGUGGUGUUACACGCAUGGCUGGGUGGUGUUACACGCAUGGCUGGGUGGUGUUACUCGCAUGGCUGGGUGGUGUUACACGCAUGGCUGGGUGGUGUUACACGCAUGGCUGGGUGGUGUUACACGCAUGGCUGGGUGGUGUUACACGCAUGGCUGGGUGGUGUUACACGCAUGGCUGGGUGGUGUUACACGCAUGGCUGGGUGGUGUUACACGCAUGGCUGGGUGGUGUUACUCACUCGCAUGGCUGGGUGGUCUUACACGCAUGGCUGGGUGGUGUUACACGCAUGGCUGGGUGGUGUUACACGCAUGGCUGGGUGGUGUUACUCGCAUGGCUGGGUGGUGUUACACGCAUGGCUGGGUGGUGUUACACGCAUGGCUGGGUGGUGUUACACGCAUGGCUGGGUGGUGUUACACGCAUGGCUGGGUGGUGUUACACGCAUGGCUGGGUGGUGUUACUCACUCGCAUGGCUGGGUGGUGUUACACGCAUGGCUGGGUGGUGUUACACGCAUGGCUGGGUGGUGUUACACGCAUGGCUGGGUGGUGUUACACGCAUGGCUGGGUGGUGUUACACGCAUGGCUGGGUGGUGUUACACGCAUGGCUGGGUGGUGUUACUCGCAUGGCUGGGUGGUGUUACUCGCAUGGCUGGGUGGUGUUACACGCAUGGCUGGGUGGUGUUACUCGCAUGGCUGGGUGGUGUUACUCGCAUGGCUGGGUGGUGUUACUCGCAUGGCUGGGUGGUUUUACUCGCAUGGCUGGGUGGUGUUACACGCAUGGCUGGGUGGUGUUACACGCAUGGCUGGGUGGUGUUACUCGCAUGGCUGGGUGGUGUUACUCGCAUGGCUGGGUGGUGUUACACGCAUGGCUGGGUGGUGUUACUCGCAUGGCUGGGUGGUGUUACUCGCAUGGCUGGGUGGUGUUACUCGCAUGGCUGGGUGGUGUUACACGCAUGGCUGGGUGGUGUUACACGCAUGGCUGGGUGGUGUUACACGCAUGGCUGGGUGGUGUUACACGCAUGGCUGGGUGGUGUUACACGCAUGGCUGGGUGGUCUUACACGUAUGGCUGGGUGGUGUUACACGCAUGGCUGGGUGGUGUUACACGCAUGGCUGGGUGGUGUUACUCGCAUGGCUGGGUGGUGUUACACGCAUGGCUGGGUGGUGUUACACGCAUGGCUGGGUGGUGUUACACGCAUGGCUGGGUGGUGUUACACGCAUGGCUGGGUGGUGUUACACGCAUGGCUGGGUGGUGUUACACGCAUGGCUGGGUGGUGUUACACGCAUGGCUGGGUGGUGUUACACGCAUGGCUGGGUGGUGUUACUCACUCGCAUGGCUGGGUGGUCUUACACGCAUGGCUGGGUGGUGUUACACGCAUGGCUGGGUGGUGUUACACGCAUGGCUGGGUGGUGUUACUCGCAUGGCUGGGUGGUGUUACACGCAUGGCUGGGUGGUGUUACACGCAUGGCUGGGUGGUGUUACACGCAUGGCUGGGUGGUGUUACACGCAUGGCUGGGUGGUGUUACACGCAUGGCUGGGUGGUGUUACACGCAUGGCUGGGUGGUGUUACUCACUCGCAUGGCUGGGUGGUGUUACUCGCAUGGCUGGGUGGUGUUACACGCAUGGCUGGGUGGUGUUACACGCAUGGCUGGGUGGUGUUACACGCAUGGCUGGGUGGUGUUACACGCAUGGCUGGGUGGUGUUACUCACUCGCAUGGCUGGGUGGUGUUACACGCAUGGCUGGGUGGUGUUACACGCAUGGCUGGGUGGUGUUACACGCAUGGCUGGGUGGUGUUACACGCAUGGCUGGGUGGUGUUACACGCAUGGCUGGGUGGUGUUACACGCAUGGCUGGGUGGUGUUACUCGCAUGGCUGGGUGGUGUUACUCGCAUGGCUGGGUGGUGUUACACGCAUGGCUGGGUGGUGUUACUCGCAUGGCUGGGUGGUGUUACUCGCAUGGCUGGGUGGUGUUACUCGCAUGGCUGGGUGGUUUUACUCGCAUGGCUGGGUGGUGUUACACGCAUGGCUGGGUGGUGUUACACGCAUGGCUGGGUGGUGUUACUCGCAUGGCUGGGUGGUGUUACACGCAUGGCUGGGUGGUGUUACACGCAUGGCUGGGUGGUGUUACACGCAUGGCUGGGUGGUGUUACUCACUCGCAUGGCUGGGUGGUGUUACUCGCAUGGCUGGGUGGUGUUACACGCAUGGCUGGGUGGUGUUACACGCAUGGCUGGGUGGUGUUACACGCAUGGCUGGGUGGUGUUACACGCAUGGCUGGGUGGUGUUACUCGCAUGGCUGGGUGGUGUUACUCGCAUGGCUGGGUGGUGUUACACGCAUGGCUGGGUGGUGUUACUCGCAUGGCUGGGUGGUGUUACACGCAUGGCUGGGUGGUGUUACACGCAUGGCUGGGUGGUGUUACACGCAUGGCUGGGUGGUGUUACACGCAUGGCUGGGUGGUGUUACACGCAUGGCUGGGUGGUGUUACUCACUCGCAUGGCUGGGUGGUGUUACACGCAUGGCUGGGUGGUGUUACACGCAUGGCUGGGUGGUGUUACACACAUGGCUGGGUGGUGUUACACGCAUGGCUGGGUGGUGUUACACGCAUGGCUGGGUGGUGUUACACGCAUGGCUGGGUGGUGUUACUCGCAUGGCUGGGUGGUGUUACUCGCAUGGCUGGGUGGUGUUACUCGCAUGGCGGGGUGGUGUUACACGCAUGGCUGGGUGGUGUUACACGCAUGGCUGGGUGGUGUUACUCGCAUAGCUGGGUGGUGUUACACGCAUGGCUGGGCGCUGGGCGGUGUUACACGCAUGGCUGGGUGGUGUUACACGCAUGGCUGGGUGGUGUUACACGCAUGGCUGGGUGGUGUUACUCGCAUUGCUGGGUGGUGUUACACGCAUGGCUGGGUGGUGUUACACGCAUGGCUGGGUGGUGUUACACACAUGGCUGGGUGGUGUUACACGCAUGGCUGGGUGGUGUUACACGCAUGGCUGGGUGGUGUUACACGCAUGGCUGGGUGGUGUUACACGCAUGGCUGGGUGGUGUUACUCACAUGGCUGGGUGGUGUUACACGCAUGGCUGGGUGGUGUUACUCGCAUAGCUGGGUGGUGUUACACGCAUGGCUGGGUGGUGUUACACGCAUGGCUGGGUGGUGUUACACGCAUGGCUGGGUGGUGUUACACGCAUGGCUGGGUGGUGUUACACGCAUGGCUGGGUGGUGUUACUCGCAUGGCUGGGUGGUGUUACUCGCAUGGCUGGGUGGUGUUACUCGCAUGGCUGGGUGGUGUUACUCGCAUAGCUGGGCGGUGUUAAACGCAUGGCUGGGCGGUGUUAAACGCAUGGCUGGGUGGUGUGACACGCAUGGCUGGGUGGUGUUACACGCAUGGCUGGGUGGUGUUACACGCAUGGCUGGGUGGUGUUACUCGCAUGGCUGGGUGGUGUUACUCGCAUGGCUGGGUGGUGUUACACGCAUGGCUGGGUGGUGUUACACGCAUGGCUGGGUGGUGUUACACGCAUGGCUGGGUGGUGUUACACGCAUGGCUGGGUGGUGUUACACGCAUGGCUGGGUGGUGUUACUCACUCGCAUGGCUGGGUGGUGUUACUCGCAUGGCUGGGUGGUGUUACUCGCAUGGCUGGGUGGUGUUACACGCAUGGCUGGGUGGUGUUACACGCAUGGCUGGGUGGUGUUACACGCAUGGCUGGGUGGUGUUACACGCAUGGCUGGGUGGUGUUACACGCAUGGCUGGGUGGUGUUACACGCAUGGCUGGGUGGUGUUACACGCAUGGCUGGGUGGUGUUACUCGCAUGGCUGGGUGGUGUUACUCGCAUGGCUGGGUGGUGUUACUCGCAUGGCUGGGUGGUGUUACUCGCAUAGCUGGGUGGUGUUACACGCAUGGCUGGAUGGUGUUACACGCAUGGCUGGGUGGUGUUACACGCAUGGCUGGGUGGUGUUACACGCAUGGCUGGGUGGUGUUACACGCAUGGCUGGGUGGUGUUACACGCAUGGCUGGGUGGUGUUACACGCAUGGCUGGGUGGUGUUACACGCAUGGCUGGGUGGUGUUACACGCAUGGCUGGGUGGUCUUACACGCAUGGCUGGGUGGUGUUACACGCAUGGCUGGGUGGUGUUACACGCAUGGCUGGGUGGUGUUACUACGCAUGGCUGGGUGGUGUUACACGCAUGCCUGGGUGGUGUUACACGCAUGGCUGGGUGGUGUUACACGCAUGGCUGGGUGGUGUUACACGCAUGGCUGGGUGGUGUUACACGCAUGGCUGGGUGGUGUUACACGCAUGGCUGGGUGGUGUUACACGCAUGGCUGGGUGGUGUUACACGCAUGGCUGGGUGGUGUUACUCACUCGCAUGGCUGGGUGGUCUUACACGCAUGGCUGGGUGGUGUUACACGCAUGGCUGGGUGGUGUUACACGCAUGGCUGGGUGGUGUUACUCGCAUGGCUGGGUGGUGUUACACGCAUGGCUGGGUGGUGUUACACGCAUGGCUGGGUGGUGUUACACGCAUGGCUGGGUGGUGUUACACGCAUGGCUGGGUGGUGUUACACGCAUGGCUGGGUGGUGUUACUCACUCGCAUGGCUGGGUGGUGUUACUCGCAUGGCUGGGUGGUGUUACACGCAUGGCUGGGUGGUGUUACAGGCAUGGCUGGGGGGUGUUACACGCAUGGCUGGGUGGUGUUACUCGCAUGGCUGGGUGGUGUUACACGCAUGGCUGGGUGGUGUUACUCGCAUGGCUGGGUGGUGUUACUCGCAUGGCUGGGUGGUGUUACUCGCAUGGCUGGGUGGUGUUACACGCAUGGCUGGGUGGUGUUACACGCAUGGCUGGGUGGUACGCAUGGCUGGGUGGUGUUACACGCAUGGCUGGGUGGUGUUACACGCAUGGCUGGGUGGUGUUACUCGCAUAGCUGGGCGGUGUUACUCGCAUGGCUGGGUGGUGUUACACGCAUGGCUGGGUGGUGUUACACGCAUGGCUGGGUGGUGUUACACGCACGGCUGGGUGGUGUUACUCGCAUGGCUGGGUGGUGUUACACGCAUGGCUGGGUGGUGUUACUCGCAUGGCUGGGUGGUGUUACUCGCAUGGCUGGGUGGUGUUACACGCAUGGCUGGGUGGUGUUACACGCAUGGCUGGGUGGUGUUACACGCAUGGCUGGGUGGUGUUACACGCAUGGCUGGGUGGUGUUACACGCAUGGCUGGGUGGUGUUACUCGCAUAGCUGGGUGGUGUUACUCGCAUGGCUGGGUGGUGUUACACGCAUGGCUGGGUGGUGUUACUCGCAUAGCUGGGCGGUGUUACACGCAUGGCUGGGUGGUGUUACACGCAUGGCUGGGGGGUGUUACACGCAUGGCUGGGUGGUGUUACUCGCAUGGCUGGGUGGUGUUACACGCAUGGCUGGGUGGUGUUACUCGCAUGGCUGGGUGGUGUUACUCGCAUGGCUGGGUGGUGUUACUCGCAUGGCUGGGUGGUGUUACACGCAUGGCUGGGUGGUGUUACACGCAUGGCUGGGUGGUGUUACACGCAUGGCUGGGUGGUGUUACUCGCAUGGCUGGGUGGUGUUACACGCAUGGCUGGUUGGUGUUACACGCAUGGCUGGGUGGUGUUACACGCAUGGCUGGGUGGUGUUACUCGCAUAGCUGGCCGGUGUUACACGCAUGGCUGGGUGGUGUUACACGCAUGGCUGGGUGGUGUUACACGCACGGCUGGGUGGUGUUACUCGCGUGGCUGGGUGGUGUUACACGCAUGGCUGGGUGGUGUUACUCGCAUGGCUGGGUGGUGUUACUCGCAUGGCUGGGUGGUGUUACUCGCAUGGCUGGGUGGUGUUACACGCAUGGCUGGGUGGUGUUACACGCAUGGCUGGGUGGUGUUACUCGCAUGUCUGGGUGGUGUUACACGCAUGGCUGGGUGGUGUUACUCGCAUGGCUGGGUGGUGUUACUCGCAUGGCUGGGUGGUGUUACUCGCAUGGCUGGGUGGUGUUACUCGCAUGGCUGGGUGGUGUUACUCGCAUGGCUGGGUGGUGUUACACGCAUGGCUGGGUGGUGUUACACGCAUGGCUGGGUGGUGUUACACGCAUGGCUGGGUGGUGUUACUCGCAUGGCUGGGUGGUGUUACACGCAUGGCUGGGUGGUGUUACACGCAUGGCUGGGUGGUGUUACACGCAUGGCUGGGUGGUGUUACACGCAUGGCUGGGUGGUGUUACUCGCAUAGCUGGGUGGUGUUACUCGCAUGGCUGGGUGGUGUUACACGCAUGGCUGGGUGGUGUUACUCGCAUAGCUGGGCCGUGUUACACGCAUGGCUGGGUGGUGUUACACGCAUGGCUGGGGGGUGUUACACGCAUGGCUGGGUGGUGUUACUCGCAUGGCUGGGUGGUGUUACACGCAUGGCUGGGUGGUGUUACUCGCAUGGCUGGGUGGUGUUACUCGCAUGGCUGGGUGGUGUUACUCGCAUGGCUGGGUGGUGUUACACGCAUGGCUGGGUGGUGUUACACGCAUGGCUGGGUGGUGUUACACGCAUGGCUGGGUGGUGUUACUCGCAUGGCUGGGUGGUGUUACACGCAUGGCUGGGUGGUGUUACACGCAUGGCUGGGUGGUGUUACACGCAUGGCUGGGUGGUGUUACUCGCAUAGCUGGCCGGUGUUACACGCAUGGCUGGGUGGUGUUACACGCAUGGCUGGGUGGUGUUACACGCACGGCUGGGUGGUGUUACUCGCAUGGCUGGGUGGUGUUACACGCAUGGCUGGGUGGUGUUACUCGCAUGGCUGGGUGGUGUUACUCGCAUGGCUGGGUGGUGUUACUCGCAUGGCUGGGUGGUGUUACACGCAUGGCUGGGUGGUGUUACACGCAUGGCUGGGUGGUGUUACACGCAUGGCUGGGUGGUGUUACUCGCAUGGCUGGGUGGUGUUACUCGCAUGGCUGGGUGGUGUUACUCGCAUGGCUGGGUGGUGUUACUCGCAUGGCUGGGUGGUGUUACACGCAUGGCUGGGUGGUGUUACACGCAUGGCUGGGUGGUGUUACACGCAUGGCUGGUUGGUGUUACUCGCAUGGCUGGGUGGUGUUACACGCAUGGCUGGGUGGUGUUACACGCAUGGCUGGGUGGUGUUACACGCAUGGCUGGGUGGUCUUACACGCAUGGCUGGGUGGUGUUACACGCAUGGCUGGGUGGUGUUACUCGCAUGGCUGGGUGGUGUUACACGCAUGGCUGGGUGGUGUUACUCGCAUGGCUGGUUGGUGUUACUCGCAUGGCUGGGUGGUGUUACUCGCAUGGCUGGGUGGUGUUACACGCAUGGCUGGGUGGUGUUACACGCAUGGCUGGGUGGUGUUACUCGCAUGGCUGGGUGGUUUUACACGCAUGGCUGGGUGGUGUUACUCGCAUGGCUGGGUGGUGUUACUCGCAUGGCUGGGUGGUGUUACUCGCAUGGCUGGGUGGUGUUACACGCAUGGCUGGGUGGUCUUACACGCAUGGCUGGGUGGUGUUACACGCAUGGUGGGUGGUGUUACUCGCAUGGCUGGGUGGUGUUACACGCAUGGCUGGGUGGUGUUACACGCAUGGCUGGGUGGUGUUACACGCAUGGCUGGGUGGUGUUACUCACUCGCAUGGCUGGGUGGUGUUACUCGCAUGGCUGGGUGGUGUUACACGCAUGGCUGGGUGGUGUUACACGCAUGGCUGGGUGGUGUUACACGCAUGGCUGGGUGGUGUUACACGCAUGGCUGGGUGGUGUUACACGCAUGGCUGGGUGGUGUUACUCGCAUGGCUGGGUGGUGUUACUCGCAUGGCUGGGUGGUGUUACUCGCAUGGCUGGGUGGUGUUACACGCAUGGCUGGGUGGUGUUACACGCAUGGCUGGGUGGUGUUACACGCAUGGCUGGGUGGUGUUACACGCAUGGCUGGGUGGUGUUACACGCAUGGCUGGGUGGUGUUACUCGCAUAGCUGGGUGGUGUUACUCGCAUGGCUGGGUGGUGUUACACGCAUGGCUGGGUGGUGUUACUCGCAUGGCUGGGUGGUGUUACACGUAUGGCUGGGUGGUGUUACUCGCAUGGCUGGGUGGUGUUACUCGCAUGGCUGGGUGGUGUUACACGCAUGGCUGGGUGGUGUUACUCGCAUGGCUGGGUGGUGUUACUCGCAUGGCUGGGUGGUGUUACACGCAUGGCUGGGUGGUGUUACACGCAUGGCUGGGUGGUGUUAUUCGCAUGGCUGGGUGGUGUUACAGGCAUGGCUGGGUGGUGUUACUCGCAUGGCUGGGUGGUGUUACUCGCAUGGCUGGGUGGUGUUACACGCAUGGCUGGGUGGUGUUACUCGCAUGGCUGGGUGGUGUUACUCGCAUGGCUGGGUGGUGUUACACGCAUGGCUGGGUGGUGUUACACGCAUGGCUGGGUGGUGUUACACGCAUGGCUGGGUGGUGUUACUCGCAUGGCUGGGUGGUCUGGGUGGUGUUACUCGCAUGGCUGGGUGGUGUUACACGCAUGGCUGGGUGGUGUUACUCGCAUGGCUGGGUGGUGUUACACGUAUGGCUGGGUGGUGUUACUCGCAUGGCUGGGUGGUGUUACUCGCAUGGCUGGGUGGUGUUACACGCAUGGCUGGGUGGUGUUACACGCAUGGCUGGGUGGUGUUACACGCAUGGCUGGGUGGUGUUACUCGCAUGGCUGGGUGGUGUUACACGCAUGGCUGGGUGGUGUUACACGCAUGGCUGGGUGGUGUUACUCGCAUGGCUGGGUGGUGUUACACGCAUGGCUGGGUGGUGUUACACGCAUGGCUGGGUGGUGUUACACGCAUGGCUGGGUGGUGUUACACGCAUGGCUGGGUGGUGUUACACGCAUGGCUGGGUGGUGUUACACGCAUGGCUGGGUGGUGUUACUCGCAUGGCUGGGUGGUGUUACACGCAUGGCUGGGUGGUGUUACACGCAUGGCUGGGUGGUGUUACACGCAUGGCUGGGUGGUGUUACACGCAUGGCUGGGUGGUGUUACACGCAUGGCUGGGUGGUGUUACUCGCAUGGCUGGGUGGUGUUACACGCAUGGCUGGGUGGUGUUACACGCAUGGCUGGGUGGUGUUACUCGCAUGGCUGGGUGGUGUUACACGCAUGGCUGGGUGGUGAUACUCGCAUGGCUGGGUUGUGUUACUCGCAUGGCUGGGUGGUGUUACACGCAUGGCUGGGUGGUCUGGGUGGUGUUACACGCAUGGCUGGGUGGUGUUACUCGCAUGGCUGGGUGGUGUUACACGCAUGGCUGGGUGGUGUUACACGCAUGGCUGGGUGGUGUUACACGCAUGGCUGGGUGGUGUUACUCGCAUGGCUGGGUGGUGUUACACGCAUGGCUGGGUGGUGUUACACGCAUGGCUGGGUGGUGUUACUCGCAUGGCUGGGUGGUGUUACACGCAUGGCUGGGUGGUGUUACUCGCAUGGCUGGGUGGUGUUACACGCAUGGCUGGGUGGUGUUACACGCAUGGCUGGGUGGUGUUACUCGCAUGGCUGGGUGGUGUUACACGUAUGGCUGGGUGGUGUUACUCGCAUGGCUGGGUGGUGUUACUCGCAUGGCUGGGUGGUGUUACACGCAUGGCUGGGUGGUGUUACACGCAUGGCUGGGUGGUGUUACACGCAUGGCUGGGUGGUGUUACUCGCAUGGCUGGGUGGUGUUACACGCAUGGCUGGGUGGUGUUACACGCAUGGCUGGGUGGUGUUACUCGCAUGGCUGGGUGGUGUUACACGCAUGGCUGGGUGGUGUUACACGCAUGGCUGGGUGGUGUUACACGCAUGGCUGGGUGGUGUUACACGCAUGGCUGGGUGGUGUUACACGCAUGGCUGGGUGGUGUUACACGCAUGGCUGGGUGGUGUUACUCGCAUGGCUGGGUGGUGUUACACGCAUGGCUGGGUGGUGUUACACGCAUGGCUGGGUGGUGUUACACGCAUGGCUGGGUGGUGUUACUCGCAUGGCUGGGUGGUGUUACACGCAUGGCUGGGUGGUGUUACACGCAUGGCUGGGUGGUGUUACUCGCAUGGCUGGGUGGUGUUACACGCAUGGCUGGGUGGUGAUACACGCAUGGCUGGGUGGUGUUACACGCAUGGCUGGGUGGUGUUACUCGCAUAGCUGGCCGGUGUUACACGCAUGGCUGGGUGGUGUUACACGCAUGGCUGGGUGGUGUUACACGCACGGCUGGGUGGUGUUACUCGCAUGGCUGGGUGGUGUUACACGCAUGGCUGGGUGGUGUUACUCGCAUGGCUGGGUGGUGUUACUCGCAUGGCUGGGUGGUGUUACUCGCAUGGCUGGGUGGUGUUACACGCAUGGCUGGGUGGUGUUACACGCAUGGCUGGGUGGUGUUACACGCAUGGCUGGGUGGUGUUACUCGCAUGGCUGGGUGGUGUUACUCGCAUGGCUGGGUGGUGUUACUCGCAUGGCUGGGUGGUGUUACUCGCAUGGCUGGGUGGUGUUACUCGCAUGGCUGGGUGGUGUUACACGCAUGGCUGGGUGGUGUUACACGCAUGGCUGGGUGGUGUUACACGCAUGGCUGGUUGGUGUUACUCGCAUGGCUGGGUGGUGUUACACGCAUGGCUGGGUGGUGUUACACGCAUGGCUGGGUGGUGUUACACGCAUGGCUGGGUGGUCUUACACGCAUGGCUGGGUGGUGUUACACGCAUGGCUGGGUGGUGUUACUCGCAUGGCUGGGUGGUGUUACACGCAUGGCUGGGUGGUGUUACUCGCAUGGCUGGUUGGUGUUACUCGCAUGGCUGGGUGGUGUUACUCGCAUGGCUGGGUGGUGUUACACGCAUGGCUGGGUGGUGUUACACGCAUGGCUGGGUGGUGUUACUCGCAUGGCUGGGUGGUUUUACACGCAUGGCUGGGUGGUGUUACUCGCAUGGCUGGGUGGUGUUACUCGCAUGGCUGGGUGGUGUUACUCGCAUGGCUGGGUGGUGUUACACGCAUGGCUGGGUGGUCUUACACGCAUGGCUGGGUGGUGUUACACGCAUGGUGGGUGGUGUUACUCGCAUGGCUGGGUGGUGUUACACGCAUGGCUGGGUGGUGUUACACGCAUGGCUGGGUGGUGUUACACGCAUGGCUGGGUGGUGUUACUCACUCGCAUGGCUGGGUGGUGUUACUCGCAUGGCUGGGUGGUGUUACACGCAUGGCUGGGUGGUGUUACACGCAUGGCUGGGUGGUGUUACACGCAUGGCUGGGUGGUGUUACACGCAUGGCUGGGUGGUGUUACACGCAUGGCUGGGUGGUGUUACUCGCAUGGCUGGGUGGUGUUACUCGCAUGGCUGGGUGGUGUUACUCGCAUGGCUGGGUGGUGUUACACGCAUGGCUGGGUGGUGUUACACGCAUGGCUGGGUGGUGUUACACGCAUGGCUGGGUGGUGUUACACGCAUGGCUGGGUGGUGUUACACGCAUGGCUGGGUGGUGUUACUCGCAUAGCUGGGUGGUGUUACUCGCAUGGCUGGGUGGUGUUACACGCAUGGCUGGGUGGUGUUACUCGCAUGGCUGGGUGGUGUUACACGUAUGGCUGGGUGGUGUUACUCGCAUGGCUGGGUGGUGUUACUCGCAUGGCUGGGUGGUGUUACACGCAUGGCUGGGUGGUGUUACUCGCAUGGCUGGGUGGUGUUACUCGCAUGGCUGGGUGGUGUUACACGCAUGGCUGGGUGGUGUUACACGCAUGGCUGGGUGGUGUUAUUCGCAUGGCUGGGUGGUGUUACAGGCAUGGCUGGGUGGUGUUACUCGCAUGGCUGGGUGGUGUUACUCGCAUGGCUGGGUGGUGUUACACGCAUGGCUGGGUGGUGUUACUCGCAUGGCUGGGUGGUGUUACUCGCAUGGCUGGGUGGUGUUACACGCAUGGCUGGGUGGUGUUACACGCAUGGCUGGGUGGUGUUACACGCAUGGCUGGGUGGUGUUACUCGCAUGGCUGGGUGGUGUUACACGCAUGGCUGGGUGGUGUUACACGCAUGGCUGGGUGGUGUUACUCGCAUGGCUGGGUGGUGUUACUCGCAUAGCUGGGUGGUGUUACUCGCAUGGCUGGGUGGUGUUACACGCAUGGCUGGGUGGUGUUACUCGCAUGGCUGGGUGGUGUUACACGUAUGGCUGGGUGGUGUUACUCGCAUGGCUGGGUGGUGUUACUCGCAUGGCUGGGUGGUGUUACACGCAUGGCUGGGUGGUGUUACACGCAUGGCUGGGUGGUGUUACACGCAUGGCUGGGUGGUGUUACUCGCAUGGCUGGGUGGUGUUACACGCAUGGCUGGGUGGUGUUACACGCAUGGCUGGGUGGUGUUACUCGCAUGGCUGGGUGGUGUUACACGCAUGGCUGGGUGGUGUUACACGCAUGGCUGGGUGGUGUUACACGCAUGGCUGGGUGGUGUUACACGCAUGGCUGGGUGGUGUUACACGCAUGGCUGGGUGGUGUUACACGCAUGGCUGGGUGGUGUUACUCGCAUGGCUGGGUGGUGUUACACGCAUGGCUGGGUGGUGUUACACGCAUGGCUGGGUGGUGUUACACGCAUGGCUGGGUGGUGUUACACGCAUGGCUGGGUGGUGUUACACGCAUGGCUGGGUGGUGUUACUCGCAUGGCUGGGUGGUGUUACACGCAUGGCUGGGUGGUGUUACACGCAUGGCUGGGUGGUGUUACUCGCAUGGCUGGGUGGUGUUACACGCAUGGCUGGGUGCUGGGUGGUGUUACACGCAUGGCUGGGUGGUGUUACUCGCAUGGCUGGGUGGUGUUACACGCAUGGCUGGGUGGUGUUACACGCAUGGCUGGGUGGUGUUACACGCAUGGCUGGGUGGUGUUACUCGCAUGGCUGGGUGGUGUUACACGCAUGGCUGGGUGGUGUUACACGCAUGGCUGGGUGGUGUUACUCGCAUGGCUGGGUGGUGUUACACGCAUGGCUGGGUGGUGUUACUCGCAUGGCUGGGUGGUGUUACACGCAUGGCUGGGUGGUGUUACACGCAUGGCUGGGUGGUGUUACUCGCAUGGCUGGGUGGUGUUACACGUAUGGCUGGGUGGUGUUACUCGCAUGGCUGGGUGGUGUUACUCGCAUGGCUGGGUGGUGUUACACGCAUGGCUGGGUGGUGUUACACGCAUGGCUGGGUGGUGUUACACGCAUGGCUGGGUGGUGUUACCGCAUGGCUGGGUGGUGUUACUCGCAUGGCUGGGUGGUGUUACACGCAUGGCUGGGUGGUGUUACACGCAUGGCUGGGUGGUGUUACUCGCAUGGCUGGGUGGUGUUACACGCAUGGCUGGGUGGUGUUACACGCAUGGCUGGGUGGUGUUACACGCAUGGCUGGGUGGUGUUACACGCAUGGCUGGGUGGUGUUACACGCAUGGCUGGGUGGUGUUACACGCAUGGCUGGGUGGUGUUACUCGCAUGGCUGGGUGGUGUUACACGCAUGGCUGGGUGGUGUUACACGCAUGGCUGGGUGGUGUUACACGCAUGGCUGGGUGGUGUUACUCGCAUGGCUGGGUGGUGUUACACGCAUGGCUGGGUGGUGUUACACGCAUGGCUGGGUGGUGUUACUCGCAUGGCUGGGUGGUGUUACACGCAUGGCUGGGUGGUGAUACUCGCAUGGCUGGGUUGUCUGGGUGGUGUUACACGCAUGGCUGGGUGGUGUUACACGCAUGGCUGGGUGGUGUUACACGCAUGGCUGGGUGGUGAUACUCGCAUGGCUGGGUUGUGUUACUCGCAUGGCUGGGUGGUGUUACACGCAUGGCUGGGUGGUGUUACACGCAUGGCUGGGUGGUGUUACUCGCAUGGCUGGGUGGUGUUACACGCAUGGCUGGGUGGUGUUACACGCAUGGCUGGGUGGUGUUACACGCAUGGCUGGGUGGUGUUACACGCAUGGCUGGGUGGUGUUACACGCAUGGCUGGGUGGUGUUACUCGCAUGGCUGGGUGGUGUUACUCGCAUGGCUGGGUGGUGUUACACGCAUGGCUGGGUGGUGUUACACGCAUGGCUGGGUGGUGUUACACGCAUGGCUGGGUGGUGUUACUCGCAUGGCUGGGUGGUGUUACACGCAUGGCUGGGUGGUGUUACACGCAUGGCUGGGUGGUGUUACUCGCAUGGCUGGGUGGUGUUACACGCAUGGCUGGGUGGUGUUACACGCAUGGCUGGGUGGUGUUACACGCAUGGCUGGGUGGUGUUACACGCAUGGCUGGGUGGUGUUACACGCAUGGCUGGGUGGUGUUACACGCAUGGCUGGGUGGUGUUACUCGCAUGGCUGGGUGGUGUUACACGCAUGGCUGGGUGGUGUUACACGCAUGGCUGGGUGGUGUUACACGCAUGGCUGGGUGGUGUUACACGCAUGGCUGGGUGGUGUUACACGCAUGGCUGGGUGGUGUUACUCGCAUGGCUGGGUGGUGUUACACGCAUGGCUGGGUGGUGUUACACGCAUGGCUGGGUGGUGUUACUCGCAUGGCUGGGUGGUGUUACACGCAUGGCUGGGUGGUGAUACUCGCAUGGCUGGGUUGUGUUACUCGCAUGGCUGGGUGGUGUUACACGCAUGGCUGGGUGGUGUUACACGCAUGGCUGGGUGGUGUUACUCGCAUGGCUGGGUGGUGUUACACGCAUGGCUGGGUGGUGUUACUCGCAUAGCUGGGUGGUGUUACACGCAUGGCUGGGUGGUGUUACUCGCAUGGCUGGGUGGUGUUACACGCAUGGCUGGGUGGUGUUACACGCAUGGCUGGGUGGUGUUACACGCAUGGCUGGGUGGUGUUACUCGCAUGGCUGGGUGGUGUUACACGCAUGGCUGGGUGCUGGGUGGUGUUACUCGCAUGGCUGGGUGGUGUUACACGCAUGGCUGGGUGGUGUUACUCGCAUGGCUGGGUGGUGUUACACGUAUGGCUGGGUGGUGUUACUCGCAUGGCUGGGUGGUGUUACUCGCAUGGCUGGGUGGUGUUACACGCAUGGCUGGGUGGUGUUACACGCAUGGCUGGGUGGUGUUACACGCAUGGCUGGGUGGUGUUACUCGCAUGGCUGGGUGGUGUUACACGCAUGGCUGGGUGGUGUUACACGCAUGGCUGGGUGGUGUUACUCGCAUGGCUGGGUGGUGUUACACGCAUGGCUGGGUGGUGUUACACGCAUGGCUGGGUGGUGUUACACGCAUGGCUGGGUGGUGUUACACGCAUGGCUGGGUGGUGUUACACGCAUGGCUGGGUGGUGUUACACGCAUGGCUGGGUGGUGUUACACGCAUGGCUGGGUGGUGUUACACGCAUGGCUGGGUGGUGUUACUCGCAUGGCUGGGUGGUGUUACACGCAUGGCUGGGUGGUGUUACACGCAUGGCUGGGUGGUGUUACACGCAUGGCUGGGUGGUGUUACUCGCAUGCCUGGGUGGUGUUACACGCAUGGCUGGGUGGUGUUACACGCAUGGCUGGGUGGUGUUACUCGCAUGGCUGGGUGGUGUUACACGCAUGGCUGGGUGGUGAUACUCGCAUGGCUGGGUUGUGUUACUCGCAUGGCUGGGUGGUGUUACACGCAUGGCUGGGUGGUGUUACACGCAUGGCUGGGUGGUGUUACUCGCAUGGCUGGGUGGUGUUACACGCAUGGCUGGGUGGUGUUACUCGCAUAGCUGGGUGGUGUUACACGCAUGGCUGGGUGGUGUUACACGCAUGGCUGGGUGGUGUUACACGCAUGGCUGGGUGGUGA